AUGGCGGACCCUCCCGAGGCCGAGGGCGACGCCCCCGAGGAGGGGACUCCGGUGUCCCCACCCCCGGAAUUCGACCUGGAAUGGCGCGCCAUCGCGUUCGUGAUGGAGGCCGGCAGCGAGGGCGUCGACGCGGAGGCGGUGAAGACCGCGCUCCUCGCGCUGGAGCCCGUCGAGCACGGCGACGGACGGCCGAUCAUGAGCUACGGAACCGUAUCCUACGACGAGCUCGUCUCCGCGGCGGGCGGCGCGGAGGAGGGCUCGCCGCUCAACGUCGUGCACGUCGCCAUAUCCGAAGCGAAGGAGGCGCACGACGCCUCGGAAGAUCCAGACAAGGGCGAGUGGGCCGUGCCGUUCAACCUGCGCGCGGCGCUGUUCGACGCGAACGCGGAGAACGACGCCGCGACGCACAAGGCGGAGCUCGUCGCGCUCAGGCGCGCGGCGAAGGACGAGGCGAGGGAGGCGGUCAAAGCCGCGGAGGAGGACGUCGCGGCGAGGAGGAAAGAAUCGAUCGCCGCGGCGGAGGACGCCGUCGACGCGCCGCCGCCGACGGCGACCAGCGACCCGGUCAAAGAGGCGGACGAAGCCCUGGGCAACGCGGAGAAGGCGCUCAAGGCGGCGAUGAAGGAGCUCGCGCGCAAAGAGCGUCUGAUGACCGCGCCCGCGGCGAUGACGCGCGCGUACGCGUUGGCGCCCGACUGGUCCGGGUCCGCGUCCGGCGGAGAGAUCUCCGAGGUCAUCUCCGGCCUCUCGGACGUCGUCGGCGGAGGGCUGAGACUGCGGAGCGUGAUCAACGUCGCGCGCGCGCGGCUGCCGCCGCCGACGCCGCCGGAGCCGGAGGACAGCGCCGCGACGACGGCGCCGCCCGCGAGCGAGGAUGGCGAGGAGACGACGGCGGAGGGCGCGGAGGGCGAAGACCCCGCCGGGGCUUCCGCGGAGGAGGCGUCGAAACCGCCGCCCGCGGAGGAAGAGGGCGAGCCCGAGCCGCCCGAGGUGGACGACCCGUACCCGCCGCUGACCGAGGCGCUGAUGAACGCGCAGAGAGACGCGGAGAUCGCGAUGGAGUUCCACGCGCCGUGUCGAUCGAUCGCGGCGGUGCAAGCCGAUUUCGACCGCGACGCGCCCACCCCAGACGCUACGACGCUCGCGACGAGAGUCGCGGAGUGUCUCACGUACACCGCGCUCGCGAACGCGCUGUACGCCAAGUGGCGCGCGCGGUGCACGCUCGAGGACGUCCCGAAGGUUUCGCGCCGCGCGGCGAGCGCGGAUGAUGAUCAUUUCGAAGACGACGACGUCGACCUGCGGACGUACCGCCAGCUGCUCGCGGGCGUGCCGCGCGAACGCGCCACGUGCGCGACGGUGCUCGACGCGAUGAUCGGCCAGGUCUGCGCGUCAUCGUGCGACCCCGCGGACGUCGCGCUCGCCGCGGACGUCGCCGCCGCCGCCGCCGCGAAGGCUGCGAUCGCGGAGGCGAUGGCGACGGUCAAGCUCGACGCGAUCCCAGAGCUCGGCGGCGUCGGCGUCGGCGGCGAGAUGCUCUCGGGCGCGACGGGCGGCGGCGGCGGCGCCGUCGUCUGGGGCCGCACCACCGGCCGCGGCGGCGCGUCCGCCGACCACGUCACGCUGCUCCAGUCCGGCGACCGCGCGACGACGCUCAAGUCGACGUUCGGCCCCGGGACGCUCGCGAGCACGGUUUUCCGCGGCGACGAAUCGAGCGCGCCGCUCGCGUCGGUGUGCGUGUUGGACCCGGACGACGUCGAGGAGCGCGCGUCGGAGUUUUCGUGCUCGAUCGCGCCGGGCGUGGACCGAUACCUGAUGCCACCGAAGCCGGAGAUGACCGCGGACGAGCGCGAGGUGCGCAAGACGCGCAUGGCGGCGUGCCUGCCGUCGCCGGACACGCCGCUCGCGACGAUCGAGCGUCACGAGAUGCUCACCUUCGCGGCGGACGCGCUGCCGCGAGGGUACAAGGAGGACCACGGGAAGGAGCUCAAGCGCCGGCGGCACUGGGAGCCGCUCACGCGCGAGGCGUACGCGGCGCUGUACCACGCCGCGAGGCUCGACCUGAAGGGGACGCAGCUCAACUACUUCGCGCCCGAGGACGCGUUACUCGUGACGUUGCACGCGCCGAGGGAAGAGGACCCCGUGGAGGGGUACUGGGACGGCGACGCGCCGAGGGCGUUCACGUUCGCGGAGUACCACGCGCGGUACUUCGAGGCGGCGACCGCGAAGAAGGCGGCGGAGGACAAGGCGAGGGAGGAGGCGGAGGCUGCGGCGGCGAUCGCCAAGGCGGAGAUGGAGGAGGCGAGGCGCGUCGCGGAGGAGGCGGGGGAGGACUUCGACGAGGAAAACUGGGGCAAGCCCGCGAAGAUCACGGAGGAGAGCGACGACGACGUCGAGCGCGCCGCGGAUGGCGUCGUGACCGACGCGGAGCUGUCCAAGGCGUCGGACCUCGCGUCGGAGCUCACGUCGGAGUUCUCCGCGAUUUCGGCGAAUCACGCGAAGGAUUCCGUCGAGUGGGACCUCGUCCCGGAUCUCCUCCCGACCGUAGCGUACUCCACGGAGGAGUCCACGCGCGCGCCGCCAAUCGGCGAGCGACGGCAGUACCCCAGAUGCGGCGCGAUCGUGUCGUUCGACGCCUCCGGCGCGCCCACGGUCGUCGCGGGGGGCGUCACGUUGGGCCUGCGAGGCGACGCGCUCGAGGUGACGCUCGCCGACGAGACGGGCGCGUGCGUCGUCGUGCGUCGCGUCGCGGAUGACCCGCCGCCGCCGCCGCCGGAGCCGGAGCUCGACGAGGACGGCAACCCGAUCCCGCCGCCGGAGCCGGAAGCGCCGGAAGCACCGGAAGCGCCGGAGCUGGACGAGGACGGUAACCCGAUCCCCGCGCCGGAGCCGACGCCGCCGCCCCCGCCGCCGCCGCGCCCGGUGCAAGUGCAGUACUCCGCCGCGAGCGGGCUGUGCGUCGGCGUGACGACGGAACGCGCGGUGCUCCAGAAGAUGGUCGCGCCCGCGGGCGCGACCGCCGCGGGGACCGCGCCCGACGCGACCGUGGACCGCGCGACGCGCGCGUCUCGCGUGACGGAGACGUCGCGCGCGGUGCUCCCCGUUGGCGCGGUGGCGCGGUAUCUCUCCGACGGCUCCGUGGAGGUGUUGCACCGCGACGGCGACGUCUCGAGGCGCGCCGCGGGCUCGAACGAGUGGAUCGGGACGAACAACAACGGCACGCGGUGGGCGCAGGCGGACCCGUACCUCUUCACGCCGUCGCCUCCCGAGCCCGAGCUCGACGAGGACGGCAACCCGGUGGAGAAGGAGAAGCCGCCGCCCGAGGAGGGCGAAGAAGCGGAAGAAGCGGAGCCGGCGGAGCCGUUUGAUCCGACGCCGUACGUCGUCGUCCCGGACCCGACCUGGGUCGACGACAUCGGCUCGUCCACGCAGAUCGAUCCGGACAGCAUGGCGAAGGUGACGACGCGCAGCGACCUCGUGAUGAUCGUCGAACACGAGACGAAGAGCACGCUCGUGUACCACGCGGACGGCACGCGCGCGGUGUGCGCGCCGAGCGAAGGAUGCGCGUGGAGAAUUGAAAAGGAGGGGUUCGCCGCGGUGCAGCAGACGCGAAGCGUCGGCGUCGACGGCGACGUCGUCGUCGACCUCGCGUCCGCGAUCGCGACCGCGGACGUCGACGGCGUCGUCGUCCUGACGCUCGCCGACGGCAGCGUCCUCGCGACGGAGGUGUCCGGGCAGAUUGCCUACGCGCCGGCGUGGUUGGAGACGCCGGAGGCGGCGGCGAGAGACGCGUUGCGCGGGGACGUUCGCGGGGUGUUUUUGUUCAACAUCGAGCGUUCGUCGAUGCUGUUCGGGGACGCGAGCGGGGACCCGACGGGGGGGUUCAAGGUGAAGAACGACGGCACGCUCGGCGCGUUCAUUCCCCCGCAGGAAGACCCGAGUUGGAUGACGUCGUACAAGGAGUCGAUCGCGUUCAAGGAGAAGUCGCCGAAAUCCGAGCCGAAAUCCGAGCCGGAGCCGGAUUCGGAAAAAGAGAUCACUUCGCCGGCGCCCAAGUCGGAGCCGCCCGAGGAGGUGGACGAGUACGCCGGUCUCACGCCGUGGGAGAAGGCGGAGUUGAAGAUGCAAAAGAAGAAGAAAAAGAUUGAGAUCAAACGCAGAAUGGUCGAGGAAGAGGAAGCGAUGGAGGCGCGGACGCGAGAGAUCGUCGCCAGGGGCGGCCAGGCUGGGGGCUUUUUGUCCAGCACGGCGGCGCAUCGCGCGGCGAGGAUCGCCGCGAGGCGCAUGGUGCGCGAGAGCUCCAUCUCGAUCAAAGCCCCGGACGUCGCGCCGCGUCUCUUCGUGGUCUACCCCGACCAGGAGUGCUUCUUCGAGGUGCUCUCCGAGCGCGCGUUCGCGCAGUACGCGCGCUCGCGGUCGGCGGACGCGUCGUGCACGGUGACCAAGGCGAAAGUCGCCGGGACGGAGCCCGGGGUGCUGUCGCACACGUACCUCACGCCGCUUCGUCUUCCGCAGAUGCCGGGCGAUCGCGUGGAGCCGGUGCCCGUCGCGCCCGCGAAGCCGUCCCGACCCGCGAGCGCGGGGCCGACGAUCCCGUCGCUUCGCCUUCCGUCCAAGCCGCAGUUCCCCGCGCCGCCGAAGAGGAUGGAGAUUCCGCGAAUCACCGCAAUCGCGCCGACGAUGCCGCCGCCGCCCGCGGACGCGGCGGCGUUCGUCUUCAAGCAGGUGAUCGAGUACCCCGACAACGGCGCCACCGCGGCGGCGCUGUUGGACCGCUCGCUUCUUCAGCACGCCAAGGCGAAUAUCGAGGGCGCGAAGAUUCUCCCGGAGUCGUACGAGCUCACCGAACGAAGCCUCCGCGACGGCGUCAUCACGCUCGCGAUGGAAAACCUCGCGGACCAGAUCGUCAAGGCGCGCGUGGAGAAGGAGGAGGCGUACGAGAAGCGCAUCGCGCGUGAACGCCAACUCGCGGAGGCGAAGGAGCAGGCGGAGUGGGAGGCUGCGCAGGCGGAGGCGGCGAAGGUGUUGAACCGCAAGGUGGCGCGGACGGAUCGCGUCUUCGAGCCGACGCCGCGGCCGAUGUUCCCGCCGUGCAACUUUUUCGCGAGCGAGGAGGGGACGCGCACGCUGGAGCUGCUCAAGACGCAGCCGCCCGUCGUCGCGCUGCCGAAGAAGGUGAAAGGCAAAUUCGACCUCCCCGUCGGCGUCACCGCGGCGCGUCACGAGCCGGACGCGAGCCCGCGCGCGCCCGCGCCGCGGCGCAGCGCGACGGCGGAGCUCGCCGCGCGCGGCGGCGACCUUCGACCGCCGGCGCCGAUGGUGGCGAGCACCGCGCAGUCGCGCGCGCGCGCGCGGCAAGACGCCGCGCUCGCGUCGGACGGCUACAGCGGGCCGUCGCACGGCGAUCCGGGCGCGGUGUGGGCGGCGUCGCUGCGCGACGUCGUCUCCUCGGGCGCGGUGCCGGAUGGAAGAGACCGCGCGUGGAUGCCGUCGGGGCACGCGACGAAGUGGGAGGGCGCGGACGUGUAUCAGAGCGUGAACGCGAUCGAGGUCAAGACGAACAACGGGUCGCGCGAGCACGCGCGCACGGACUUCAUGGGAAGAGUGAGGCCGCAACUCGCGCCGGAGCAGUACUACAAGAGCGUCGCGCGCUCCGGGUAUAACCUUCGACACGACGAGAUCGAGGGCCCGGUGAAGCGGCCGCUUCGGUCCGCGGCCAUCUCGCUGGACACCAACACCAGAGGGCGGUUCGCGCCGCAGUUUGAGCUGUCCCCCGCGCACGUGCACUUCGGCGGCGUGACGAGCGGCAACGCUGUGGCGAGAACCGCGGAGCUCCUCAACGUCUCGUUCGACCUCGGGCGGUUCCACCUGCGGCAGCCGGAUCCGUCGUCGCCGUUUUACGUCGAGUACAAGCCGGGGUUCGUGAACCCCGGGCUGGCGCGGAAGCUGAAGAUUUACUGCCACGCGACGGAGCCCGGAGAGCACGUCGGGGAGGUGGUGAUCACGACGGAGAAGCAAAUUUUCACGCUGACGCUCAGCGCCAAGGUGCUCGCGACGCGAGCCGACGCGCACGCGCACGCGGCGGCGGCGUACGAGAGGAUAUCUCGCGACGACGGAUACGGCGACGACCGAUACGACGACGACGCGGCGAUGGAGCAGGAUCCGUUCGAGGGUGGUUCGAACAGCCUCGGCGGCGGAGCGGGCGGCGUGAGAACACCGGGGGUCCCGCCGAGCCUGCGGUCGCGGACGCGACCGGAGCUCGACGAGCGCGCGACGCUGGAGGAGAUGCGCGACCGCGAGCUCAUCGCGUCGAGGCGAUGA